AUGGCUUCUACUUUGCCCAUUCCCGUCUUUGCCUCGUGUCUCUCCAAUGGGCGUUGGGGUUUUAUUUUCCAUGUCUCUCCGUUGUCUCUCGGCGUCGCUCUCUUCCAGUCUCGAAGAAAUCUCACAGAUCAACGUCUUUCGAUUUUCUACCCCGACAGCAAUACGACCGUCCGUCCCAAGCGUGUAAGCAUACCUACCAUGACCUCCCGCUCCAACACCUAUGUAUACAAACUGCAUGUUCCCAGUUCCCACUGCGCACCACCGACACAGUGGUCUUUGACUUUAAGGGGCCCUGUUUGCUGCAGUAAGAAGCCUUUCGCCAAAGACCAAAGGGUGUGGUACUCUAUCCGGCGUUCCUGGCUAACGCAUGGCCGUCGCUAUCAAGUCAAUAUCGACGCAACCGAACAAACCAUUUCCUCGUAUGUGUCAACCAGAGAGCCUGCUUCAGUCAACUAUUGCUCUGUCACCAGUCCCUACUCGGCUGCAUCUGAUCAUUUGGGUCUCUUUUCGGUCGCUCUCGCACUCAACCCCGCUAUCAUCCUCGUGUAG